AUUUAAAUAUUAACCGUCAUCGGUCUGUGUCUCCGCCUCUGUUUAUUUUCAUUCGUUCUACUCAUUUCAUUUUCUGGAAUAAAAAAAGUAAACGCGAAUAUGGAAAGUGGUUCUUCAACCGAAGAACAUUCGAAGGACUCAACAAUUUCGAUUUGUGUUUGGAAACUGCGACGCUAUGGUCGAUUUAUCCCCGAAGGCAAAGCAAAACCCAACUCCUCGGCCAGUAACGUUAACUGUGCGUGGAAGAUCUUCGAGUCCAGUGAAAGCGCUGGCCAGCUGGAGCUCAAUAUUCUGGCCUCUGGUCAUCUGCUAGUAUCUCAAGGCCAGGAACUCUUGGAGGGCUUUUCUCUGCUCAACGCACAGAGCUUCUUGAAAAUCCAACACAAAUCAGACAGUCUGCUAUUCAACAUGACAAUCAAGGGUGAGAGCCGUUUGGUCCGACUGCAGUUUGAUGGCAGCAGUCGUGCAGAAGCGGCUGGUUUUUGCAGUAAAGCGGUGGAGAGGCUGCAGGAUUAUGUUCCUGUCCAGGAGCAUCUGAGCACACCUGCAUCUGCUGCUCCAUCCGAUCCUGCAGAACCUGGACCAUCUACACAGCAGCAGCUGCAGCAGGCUCCUGAAGAUGCACCACGGGAGGCUGCCAAGGGACCGCUGUCAAUCAAACAUCUUUCUCAGUUCUUCCUGGGCGAGCGUGAGCUGUGUCUACCGAUGGCGUAUCAUCAGUGCACACUGCCCUCUGGAGGCCUGGAGGCACUACUGCGCCUCUGUCUGCUCGAUUCGGGUUUCCCUGCGUUCGUGGAGGAAGUCGAGGAGAAGCUGAAGGAGCUGACGCAAGAAUGAGAAAACAAGACAAUUGUGAAGCCUUGAAAUUCUGUGCACUUAAAAAAAAAAGCUAUUUUGCAAAGAUCCAGAUGGCAAUAACAUCAGCGCAUCAACGUUUAUCCCAGCAAACAGUGAGAUUUGAAGAGACGAUGCCCUUCGAGAUGAAGUUAUUAUUGUUGUGGAUUACCGCGCAUGUA